UUGCAUUAUACAUUCUGGACUGGAAUUUAAAGUUAGCCAUUGCAGUUCAAAUUAUGAUACAUCCCAUACAAUCUCCAAGUGUCAGUCUUAGGCUAAAAAUAUUGAUAGUUAUACAAUAUAGUAAUAGACUAAAGCGCCACUUUUAUUUGAUUUAGAUUGCAUUUUGCUAUUGUAGGCUCAUGAUAAAGUGAGAGUGAGACAAGGUACAUAAUCCUCUUUGAAGACUUUAGGAACUGUAUUAGGUAGGCUAUUAGGCUGAUCCAUUGUAAAGGCUUGUCCUGCGUCCUACAUAACCCUUUGGCCACUGGUAACGAGUUUGGGCUUUUGUUUGCACAACAAUAUCCAGCUGUGAACAUCUGAUUUUUGCAACCUUGACUUUUCAAGACUUUCAUUCUGUGGUGAGUCUGCAUUUGUGAGGCAAGGCAUCAUUUUGUUCUGUUGCUGUUGACAAGGAAAUUAGUUAUAGCCAGAUUUAGUUUGUGCAUUAAUAUAUUGCAUUUACUUGAGGUUUUUGUUUGUCUUUUCUGUCUGUCAGACAUUAUCUUUCUCAGACAACCAGCCAAGUGUAAAAUAAAAAGUAGUCAUAACUGUUUCUAACUGUUUUGAUAUUGGUAUGACAGACUGUAUGUAUGAAAUGCCUUGUAUGAACAGUUCAGAUACUCUACUGGUGUGCUACCUGCUGUCUAAAUGUAAUUUUAUCUCUGAUGUUUCCUUCCAUUUACAAUUAGUUGUGUUUUUGAAGGAGCCAAGGAUGUGAAAUGAAUCACGCUGCUCAAGUUUUGGACUGUGUUGCCCUCGUGGUCUACUGGGGAGAUAGCUGGAUUUGUCCUUUAUCCAAGCCCAUUUAUGCAUCUUAAUUCAGCAUAGCCAGUAGCAACUAUGCGUUGGAAGAAAAUGUAUUGUACAAGAAGGAAGCGACUGCAGCUGAGCCGGAUCCUUUUUCUCCUCUCUUGUGUUUUCCUCUGCACCCUCUACCAGCUGACCAUCAGUGCAAGACUGUAUGAGCCUUUGCCAGUGCCUCAGAUUGGAGAAGAGUUUGAAGAAAGUUCUACAGAGUGGGUUGAUGAGGCUACAGUAGAAACUCAGGGUCUGGAGGAACCUCUCACCUCAACAGAAUUAGAUCCCACAUAUCAAACAACACCUGAGUUGCAUGUGCUACAUCAUCUAGAUCCAACUUCAAAUUCUAAAGCAUCCACCUUCACUGAAUCUCCACCAUUCCCAGCCACAAACUGGACUAUUGUACACUGCAUCUACGUUGCCCCUGAGCCACCAGAGGAGACACACACACCAGCUCCAUCUCCUCCUGUAACUACCAUUACAUCAGCUUCUCCUGGGGAAGUCCGACGUAUUCAGGGUGAAUACCCUGAAGAUAUUUUUUCUGUUGAAGACCGUAGACGAGGCUGGGUGAUCCUUCACAUUAUUGGGAUGAUGUACAUGUUUGUGUCACUUGCAAUUGUGUGCGAUGAGUUCUUUGUGCCUGCUCUAGGGGUAAUCACGGACAAGUUAGCCAUCUCUGAUGAUGUGGCAGGAGCCACCUUCAUGGCUGCUGGAGGUUCUGCUCCGGAGCUUUUUACCUCCUUGAUAGGGGUCUUUAUCGCCCAGAUUUAAACAUGUGCUUUGUUUUCUCGGGAGAUACUUCAUCUAACCUGGUGGCCACUUUUCAGAGAUGUAUCCUUCUACAUACUUGAUCUCAGCUUGCUCAUCAUCUUCUUCUUGGAUAAUGUCAUAAUAUGGUGGGAGAGCAUGAUGCUGGUGGCCAGCUACACUCUCUAUGUGAUUUUCAUGAAGUUCAAUGUGCAGUUAGAGUGGGCUUUCAAGACCCAGCUCCUCAAACACAACAACAUUAUCAAAAUUAUUGCUGUGGAGGAAUUUGAAAAGACUUGUACACAGACAAAUGUGGAUAGUGAAGAUAAGGCCCCUCCUGCCCCAGAGGACAUGAAUCGAUUAAAGUUAAAACCGCCCCUUCAGCGAGGGGGGAGUUCAGCUUCUUUACACAACAGCACCAUGAGAAACACCAUCUUCCAACUAAUGAUCCACACAUUAGACCCUUUAGCAGAGGCCAUGAAUCUGAAUACUGUGGCUAGACGGAAGGCAGCCCACAAAGCUCAAGACAAAAGUGAAGAUGGCAGAACAGAAACUGAACUGACCAAAGAGCCAGACGCUGCCACAGCCACAGAAACAGAGAAGAAGGAGCAGCCAGAGGACAAGAAGGAGGAUGUGCCUGCAGGAGAGGAUGGGUCAGGAGGCUCAGAAGACUCUGACAGUGAUGAAGAUAGCACUGAGUCCAGUGAAGAUGAAGAUGAUGACGAAGAGGAGGAAGAAGAAGAGAAGAAAGAAGAUGAGCCUCUGUCUUUAGAGUGGCCUGACACACGACGUAAACAAGCCACCUACCUCUUCCUGCUGCCCAUAGUUUUCCCUCUGUGGCUCACAGUCCCUGAUGUUCGCAACCAGAAAUACAGAAAGUUCUUUGUGGCCACCUUUUUGGGGUCUAUUCUGUGGAUUGCUGUCUUCUCCUAUCUCAUGGUGUGGUGGGCCCAUCAGGUGGGUGAAACCAUCGGCAUCUCAGAGGAGAUUAUGGGCCUGACCAUCCUGGCUGCAGGAACUUCCAUCCCUGACCUCAUUACUAGUGUGAUUGUGGCACGUAAAGGCCUGGGCGACAUGGCUGUGUCCAGCUCUGUGGGUAGUAACAUCUUUGACAUCACUGUGGGUCUUCCACUGCCAUGGCUCCUGUAUUCAUUCAUCCAUGGUUUGGCUCCAGUGGCUGUCAGCAGCAAUGGGCUCUUCUGUGCCAUCGUGUUGCUCUUCCUCAUGCUCCUCUUUGUCAUCAUCUCCAUUGCAUACUGUAGGUGGAAGAUGAAUAAGAUGUUGGGUUUCACCAUGUUUCUGCUCUACUUUAUCUUCCUGGUGCUUAGCGUGAUGCUGGAGGAUCGCAUAAUUGUCUGUCCUGUUUCCAUCUGAACAUGUGAACAGAGGGCAUUUGUGCAGCAGCCAUUUUCUUCAUUUGUGAUCUGAAGCAGGCCUGUUAAUACACAUGUAAGGAUUUCAUCAGCAUGGGUCUGGAUAUCUGCAGAAACCAUGCGGAAAGCUACUGUAGUUACUCUGCAUUGCUGUCAGUGGCAUUUGUCUCACAUGUCAAUAUACAUACUACAACAUUUUCUAGAUCUCAUUAGGACA